CCCUGGGCGCGCAUGCGCACUGACCGCUGUACUCGCACGUCUCAUGUCCUCGGUGUUAUAGAGCGAGUGACACUUUCAUGUUCAUGUGUUUUUAAUUAUUUGUUGUUUAUUUGUUUAUGAUUAUUUUUGUUAUGAAAUCGAACAUUUUGCACGCGAGUAAAGUAAAAUGCUGCAGUUUCCGGCUACAUUACUGAGAGCUGCAGUACACACUCACCUGAACUCAGGUGUGUUAAAGUGUGUGUGCAGGAGCGUGUGGGCCAAAACUGGAGAAUGGAAGACCAAGAAAAUACCUCAGAGAUGCCUGGGACAACCGAGUCCAUACACACACCCUCACCUCAUCAAACCCGGUGAGGUGACCCCAGGUGUGACUCAGACAGAGUAUGAACUGCGUCGUCAGAGUCUGGUGUCCCUGGUGGAGUCCCGUGUCCCAGACUCGUCCCAUGUCCUCGUGGUCCUGUCUCACCCAGUGCGCUACAUGACUAACGACAUCCCGUACCCAUUCCACCAGAACCAGGACUUCCUGUACCUGACCGGCAUGCAGGAGCCAGACUGCGCCCUCGUCAUGUAUGGCUCGCCUCGUCCUGACCGCACCCUGCUCUUUGUCCCGCCCAGAGACCCCGCCCGGGAAUUAUGGGACGGCCCGAGGUCAGGGAGAGACGGAGCCGCCGCUCUGACCGGCAUCCAGACCGUCCACAGCAUCGAGGAGCUCGGCUCUGUCCUCAGCGCUGUUAAAGGAUCUGUGGUGUGGUAUGACGGUUCUCAGCCGGUUCAUCCUCGUCUCCAUCAGACCCAUGUGCGCCACCUGCUGGAGGGACAGGUGUCGGUUCGCCCCCUGCGGUCACUCGUUCACUCUCUCCGGGCGAUGAAGAGUCCCGCUGAGGUGGAGCUGAUGAAGCAGGCAGGACGCAUCACAGCACACGCUUUCAGGAAAACCAUGGCUUUGUGCCGAGGGGACAUCGACGAGGCGCUAAUCUACGCUAAGUUCGAUUUCGAGUGUCGAGCUCAUGGUGCCAACUUUUUAGCCUAUCCUCCAGUGGUUGCCGGCGGAAACCGAGCCAACACACUGCACUACAUCAGCAACAACCAGAUUGUCAAGGAUGGAGAGAUGGUGUUGUUGGAUGGAGGUUGUGAAUAUUUUGGCUAUGUCAGUGAUGUCACACGCACAUGGCCUGUGAGUGGAAAGUUCACUGAGCUUCAGCGGUGUGUGUAUGAGGCCGUGUUGGAGGUCCAGUCGGUGUGUUUGUCUCUGUGUGUUCCUGGAGUCAGUCUGGAUCAUAUUUACUCGUCCAUGCUCACGCUGCUGGCCAAACAGCUGCUGCAGCUGGGUGUGUUACCACACGACACUGACCAUGCCGCCGCUCUCAAGGCUGCACGGCGUUACUGCCCUCAUCAUGUAGGUCAUUACCUGGGUAUGGACGUUCAUGACACACCUGAGCUGUCUCGCUCUCAGUCCUUGCAGGCCGGCAUGGCCAUCACCAUCGAACCUGGUCUGUACUUCAGUGAGGAUGACGAGUCGUGUCCGCUUCACUUCCGAGGUAUCGGUGUGCGAAUAGAAGACGAUGUAGUGAUCAGAGAACGAGGCAGUCCCCUGAUCCUGUCUGCAGACACUCCAAAAUCAGUGUGUGAUGUGGAAAGGGCCUGUGCACAGGUGGAGGGAUAGAGACAUGCUAACAUUUAGUGUUCAGUACUCUUCAUGAAGUACCCUUGUCUCAGGAAGCGGCAUUUAGGACAUGGAUGAUCACUGGAGACGCCGUAACUCACUGACUGACACUGUGCACCAGGAGGGGGUGUGUGUGUGUGUGUGUGUGUGUGUGUGUGUGUGUGUGUGUGUGUGUGUGUGUGUGUGUGUGUGUGUGUGUGUAAAAAUGUGAACAUGAAUGACCUCUUCUGGUUGCAUUCUUUUAAUGGAAGUGUUUUUCUCCCAGUCACAUUAAAAUUGUAAUUUUAAGAAAAGCAAUGUUUACAGGCUUCCAUACCUUUGCUUUAAUUCAAAUUGAAGCACGAGUGAUAAAGCCUCAAUAAAGUCGACAUCUGUAAUAAAAGACGUUAUAAAACUCGCAUACAGACAGCUAUAAAUUGUCACAGGGCGCCUGAACAUCCACGGGGUCACAAGACUGUUUGAAUUUAUUUUCAUACAUACUACAGUCAUGAAAAUAUUCAGGUUUCUAAUCUGUAUUUGUUGUUAGAUUUGUCUUAUAUCAGAGUCUCCAGUGAGAAAAGUACAGAGACAAUGUGAUGGAGCCCAAAUGAUCUAAAUAUAUACCAUUUCAUUUUCUUCUUCCUGGUGGAUAUUAAGCUUCUAGAAAAAGGACCAUUUUUCCACCCCAGGCCACAGAUACGGCUGAAAUGAUCCGUGAAAACAGAUUUUCUCCGAGGAUGAACGAAAGACGGAAAUAAAUAACAGAUUUAUCACUGAUUAAAUGUCCACUCGUUCCCAAUCCUGCUGCUUUAUAUUCUUUUUCAUACGUUUUAGUGCGUUUCCCACUUGAACACACUUUCAGCUCAUUAACCCAGCGUUCCUCAGGUAAACUGUUCCUCAGGUAAACUGUUCCUCAGGUAAACUGUUCCUCAGGUAAACUGCUCUGCACCGUGUUCAUACUCUAAAGUCAGAUAUCCCCGAGUGGGCACUUCUGGUUUCUGACUGAAAUGAUUUCUACACAGAAACGAGAAGGGAUGGAAACUGAUUUAACAAAUUCACUGCUGUGUCUCACCAUUUUCAUCAUAGUUCACUGUGUAUCCGUCCUCUGAUUAAAAACUAAAUACCGCCCAAAAAAAAUCACCUGAAUGAACACAAGCCCAGCAUUCUUCAGAAUUAAACUGGAUCAGAGGGCGUAAACAAGGCCAGGAGGUUCUCAGGGUGGGGUCAGGGACAUGUUUUUCAUCAUCUCUUUAUAAAUGAAUCUGUAUGUUCAUGUGGAAGAUAAUGGACGUGUUUAUAUUCAUGAGUUAGCUGGCUUGAUUCUCGGCCGCGUAUCAUUGCGUAAUACAAUUUACUGAACUGUGACGUAGAAAAUAAGGAAGAAGACGUUCAGAGAUGAGGGAAAGACUGUCUUUUGGGGGGAUGAUUUCAGUAAAACGGGGUGUUUUAAAGCGAUUUCAGGCGAUUCAACAAACGACACACUCGGUUUUAAUCCGGUUUUAAACGAACCAUACACCAGUCCAAUGUCAGAGCACUUAACCUAAACAUUGGCUCAUUCUUCAUUUUUACACAUACGACUAAAAUAUGAUGAAACUAAAGGUAAAACAGGGAAUAAUCGUGAAAUGAUUGAGGUUUGCGACGAAUUCAGAGUGGCCUGCCCGUGUUCCUCUGUAGGACUCGGUACUGUUUCAUCACCUUUGUGAUUUCUCCUCAGAACAGAAGAUAGAAAAAAAAUGUAAAACAGAUUUAAAAAGCAAAAUAUAAAUCAGGCCGCUUUCAAAUCCGAAAUAAUCCGGGAAAAGCCGAGCACCGACACCGGAUCCCUCUCCUUUACCCCCUCCUUUUCCCCUGUAAUGUACCUCCAACCCUCCCUCUUUCCCUUCAGUGCCAAAAGGAGGAGAAACAACAAGCCGCCAUUUUGUUUUGUGCGGCCAGAGGAGCGGAGGAGGCACGAGAGGCAGACCGAAGAGAGCCGCUCCAACCCCGGCCACGGCGCGCACUGAGAUCCGCCGUCUUCUGAAAGAACAGGAGAAAAAGGAAAGGAGGAGAAAAAAACCGAAAGAUUGAGAUUAAAAACGGAAAAAUCCACUCGGUGAAAAUCUGAAGAAGAGGCGGAAGGGGAUUUAAAAAAAAAAAAAAAAAAAUCGGGAGGAAAAAAAAACCCUGCGGAGGGACAAGAGACGGAGAGAAAGAGCAAAGAGGAGAAAAAAAUCUCUAUAUUUUAUUCUUUUACACUUUUUUCGUCGGCGAGUACGGAAUGGAUGCACUGCUUGCGAAAUGAAAAGACGGAGGACGGCGUAAAAGUGAAGGACGUCCACAACAAAGUGAAGAAAAGAACCGAGAAGAAGUGAGAGAAAGAGAGAAAGAAGGGAGAAAUGAAGGCGCAGGGGGUCACGGCACCAGAAAAGCCUGGGGCGCAUUUAUCAGAACCCCGAAAUAUCGCGGAGUGCAUCUCGGAUCUGAUCUAAAAUCUUCACCAUUAAUGCGGCUGCAUUCAGUCUCCCCCCGUUUCAUCCCAGCCUGUGUUUUUCUCCUUACCUGAUUGCUCACGGAUUUCUUCCUCAUUUCUUCUACUUGCAAGCUUGAUUAGAGUUGGUUUGAACCACAAAGUGAGCAGAUCCAUCCAGCACUGCCACAGCUCUCCACUGUCCACCAAUAACACUACUGCAAAAAAAAAAAAACAA